AUGUCUGGAAAUACAAAAGAUCGCAUAGCCGUAUUCCCAUCUCGAAUGGCUCAGACGAUGAUGAAGGCUCGCUUAAAAGCUGCUCAAAAGGGACACAGCUUGCUAAAGAAAAAAGCUGAUGCGCUAAAUAUGCGUUUUCGUUCAAUUUUAGGGAAAAUUGUAGAGAAUAAAAACUUGAUGGGUGAGGUACUUCGUGAAGCAAGCUUCUCAUUAGCAAAAGCUAAAUUUACUGCUGGCGAUUUCUCACAUAUUGUAAUCCAGAAUGUCUCGCGUGCUCAGCAUCGCGUCCUAAUGAAGACGGAAAAUGUUGUAGGUGUAUUUCUGCCGGUUUUUGAUUCAUAUAUUGAUGGACCUGAUACAUAUGAUUUGACUGGUCUUGGUAAAGGUGGUGCAAAUAUCACGAAAUUAAAGAAAAACUAUAAUCGUGCGGUGGAGUUAUUGGUUGAAUUGGCAACAUUGCAGACAUGCUUUAUAACUCUCGACGAAGCUAUUAAAAUUACCAAUCGGCGUGUUAAUGCUAUUGAACAUGUAAUUAUUCCGAGGAUUGAAAAUACACUUGUAUACAUUGUUACUGAAUUGGAUGAAAUGGAGCGUGAAGAAUUCUUCAGAAUGAAAAAAAUACAAGCACAAAGAAAAAAGAUUCGUGCUGAAGCAGAAGGUGCAUCCGAAAUGAAAACAGAAGCAAGUGGUUGUCGAGAUGAACAACCACGAAAUAUUUUGGAAUAUCAGGAUGAUAUUCCGAUUUUGUUCGCGUAA